AUGAGCUCUUGUGUAGAGGAGUCCGCUCUCUUCAGCUUAUCCACCAAGGACCUGGUAACAGCGCACCAGGGGACGUGCACCGUAGUUUACCAGGCCGUCUGUGCCGAAGCCAUCCGCAUCAUCUUCGCCCUCUAUGAACUCUCGCAGUCCGGAGCCGAAAAGCUGGGAGAUGAGUUACGCCACUGUCGAACGGACAUCAGUGAAUGCUGGCACUCUCCACUGGACAUCGUGGACCGCUUAACGCCGCAGUCUCAGAUCCGGAGUUCGCCGCUUCUUUCGUGCAGUCCUUCGCACGAAGACGCGCGCCUCAGACCUCAAAGUCAAAGCAAGGAAGAGUUUCGCGCGCUUUUCUCUUCCACUGACGUGCGGGGGCGCAUUACCAACGCCUCUCUCUAUGGGCUCCUUACGGCGGCCCAUCUGUUGCGCUGCUCAACGUGGACGGCCGUGUCCCUUGUGCCGAGGGCCUGGCGUGAAGGUCACUCAGCUGGGACGCAGGUAUUACAGCUGCUCUCGCAGGCACGGGCCGCCGAAGAGCUGCGCACACGCGAGUCUGGAUGGUGCGCGACGGCACUCGUCCAGCUUACGGAGUGGAUGCUGUUCUCCGGUAGCCCCCACGCUCCCUCCUCCGUGGCGUCGACGCUGCUGUCGCGAGCGUUGAGCGUGGCAGAACUGCAGCGCACCCCCACAGACCGCCGCGACCAUUUCUUGUGCUGUCCGCCCCCUCUCCGCACCGCUGGCGAGGCGCCAUCUGACCCUCUGCCGCUUUACUUUCCCCUCUUGCUGGACGGGAAGGAGCGCAGCCGAACCUCCGUAUCAUCACCGUGGCAGCCCUCUCGUGUUUCGGAUGCGGUUGAAGGUGGAUGUAUCCAUGAUUGGCUUCUGGAUGACCUGCCUCAGUGGUGUGCUCAGGUUUCGUUAGAGGCGCAGAGUAAGGCCUGGUACCGCAUCUCUCUCCUACGACGCGCGCUGGAGCGCUGGCGGGCGCGGCGCGGCUUGCGGGUGGUAGCACAUCUCUCUCACGCAGCGGCAUCUGCCCCAGAGGUAGAGCCGCACCAGUCUGCGCUAACCGCUCACUGCUUCAGUCUCGUUCCUCAAGUAAGCAUGCUGUCCAGCGCUGGGUCUCGAAAGGUGGUCGAGGAGGCUCCGCCACAGCGUUUGAAGCUCAGCGAUGCCUCUGAAGCGGUUACGUUGUCCCACACGACCGUCACGCAGACGGCGGCACACACACCGCGCAUCAGCAAGGUCGAUAGCCGGGGUAGUGGAGUGCCCCCAGCUUGGAGCUUCACAGAGGUGCGAGAAUUCGACGUAUCGACGAUCGAGGUUGAUACUGCGCCGCCUUCGCCAAGUCAGAGCCAGUACCCUCAGUGUGCAAGCCUGCCGGCUGCGCCGAUGCUUCCGUGUGCCGAUCACGGAGACGACGCCGCAAGCGUGUCAAAGACGCACCGACUUGAAAGUGUAUUGCGUGGUGUGACGACAAUGCGAAGUCCACCUUCACUCGACAUGGGUGCGGAAGAUAACAUAAGCACUCUGAGCGAGGAGUGUGGACAGAGCCCGCAUCGACGCCCACGCGAGAUUCCUCUGUUGCAAAGACGAGGCGACGUGGAGGACUCUUUGGCUUCCAGUACACCGGCCAUGACCCUGUCCUCCAAACAGCGCUUUUUGGCAGAUGCAAACUGCACCUCCGCAUCAUCCGGCCCUACGGCACUCUCCGCGCACGGUUUCUUCGGCCGAGAAGCGCAGCAAGAAGAGCGAGCCCGCUUCAUCGUCCAGAGACGCGAAAAUGCCGUCCUGCACCAGCUGUUUUUUCACUGGCGUGAUCGACGCCUGUACGAGUCGCUGGCGACGCGUUUUAUUCAGUUGCAACGGCGGGAGACGACGAGAGCGCAGUGCUGGGCUUGUUGGAGGCGUCGCCGAGCAGCACUCCUACAGCGUCACAAGGAAGUGCGCGACAUGGCGCGUUGCGACGCCUACACGGAACUGAAGGCGCUACAGUACUUUAAAAGGCUGCUGCAGCGAUGGAAGAUGGCUGCCUUAGUACGGCGCUUCCGCAUCUCCACGUUGGGGCAUCGCAUACUCCGGGCCUGGGGGUGCACUACUCGCUUCGUACAAGCCCAGCGUGCCCUUCAGCAGAAGCUGAUUGGAGCACGCCGAGUGAAGUGGCAGGUUUGGACACAGUGGCAGGAACGACGCCAGGAGUCCGUCGCCGAUCGUCACCGCGCGGAAAAGCACAGGACCGCUGUUCUUCUCCUCAUGAAGGAAGCCUGUGUGCGGCAACGGGCGUUACGCGUCGCAACGUCGCAGUGCAACGCCGUCAUACUGAGGCGCGCAUUGCAGCGGUGGACGCUUCGGUGCACGAUCAGUGCACAGCUGAGAACCUUCAUCGCAUCAAAACGACCGCACAGCAGCCUGACUCGUCAAGCGUGGUGGUUUUGGCGUUCCCGAUUCCUGGAACGACAACAGCGACGGGAUCAAGAGCACCGACUUCGCGCGUUUCGUGUGGCACAGUUUGCUAGAGUCUGCUUCACGCGAUGGGUGCAACGGUGGCGACGCGAUACGCACAUUCGGGCCUGUGUGGCGCGGCAGCAACGCCGCCACCUCCUACAUUCCUUGUUUCUCCAAUGGCAUCGACGCAUGCAAGUCUGCAUGAUUGUGCGGCAGGGGCAACAGGAACUGGCGCUUAAGAUCGGUGAGCAGCUUCAGGGAAGAAGAGUGCUACGCACAUGGCGCCGGAGAGCUACUCAGCAUGCUGCAGAUUCUCAACGGCUUCGCGAAGCGAUAAUGGACACCAAUGCAGAGCGCCUUUUGCGGCUUAGCCGACUCGCGCGCACUUUUUACCACUGGCGCACGUACAGCUUCGUGUUGCAGCGGUACAACGUGGAUCGGCGGCGUUGUCUGCCGGUCACCGCCAACAGCACUGCAGGAAUGAGAAGUAUCAGAGGGCGCGGGGCGGUUCUGAGAAUCACAGGAGACAGCAGAGUUGAGCACCAUGAGGAAGCAGAUGUCGGAGAGGUAGACAGCGAGAGCACCACCAAUCCGGCCGCCAUGGUACCGCUACCGCUGCCCGCGCGCUCUGCAGUGUCUAAAGUCGUACCUCCUGGCCGGUCGCACCUGGGUCGUCCGGAGUAUGCCAGCCGCGCGCCCACGCACUACGCAGCUUUCGCGCAAUCGUCACAGAGGUCUCCAGCUCAUUGUGGCAGCACCACUGCCAUGCGCAGGAGCACCGCGGCGGCAGCUGCAGCUCACGAUGGUCCAGAAAGUACAGGGCAUAGUGGCAAGAAUGAAGGAGGGCGUACGACCACCUUCACGGCACCACAGGGUGGCUUUCGAGCUGUUCUGCGUAGACAACUCUCCAUACCGCUGCGAAAACGCACCAUUGCGCUGCAGCGACAACUACUGGCGGUGCAACUGCAGCAGCGGCUUUUCUUCUCCUCUACCUUUUGUGUGCAAGUCUUAGCUACUAGUUCGCGAUCGAUGCCACCAGCGCAGCCAGUGUUCGCCGAGCUCCCGUAUUCCAUCACCCCAACCCCAGGCAGGACAACACGUGUGAGGACGCCACCACCCACCAGAGCCAUCGACCAGCACUGGCACAGCAACGAGAGUGGAAGCGACACAGAAAGCCAAGCACCGCUGAGAUCCUGCACGGCGACUCCGCUAUUUUCUGCGCGUAAAGGUGAGCGCGCAGAACGGUUGCGCCGCAAAGCUGCGCGGCGCCACAGCGCCGCCCUCGUCGAGUCACCUCACUCCUCCUCACCUCUGCAGCCGCAUAGUGGAACUCAUCUGCGCGACAACAACAACUACGCGACUGUCAGAUCGAGUUCUGUCUCUGCCACCCCCACUCAGCACCUGCUCAGCCAGAUGGAGCAGUUGGCUCGACGUAUCCGCACCUUGGAGGCUGGGUACACCACCGAGGCAGCCACAGCUGUGUGGCGAGCAGGAGUCGAGGUUGCCCCGAGGACGCAUUCCCACACCUCUGGGGCAACUACUUGGACCACAACGCCUCCGAGAGAGAGAGCCAGUUGA